AGCUCUAGAAACAGGCACAUCGAAAGAAACGUCGCCAGUUUGACAGUCGUGAGCACGCGUGCCGAGGGGUUGACAACAUUUUUCAAGCUUACAGGGACGGUUUGCUUCAAAUCUACUUAGCCGCUUGCCAGGCACCAGAAUACCUGAAGCUAAACUCCGAUGUACCGUGCAUCCUUGCGCGCUGCACGUCAGGGGGGAGCUUUCUGUCUCCGGUCGUCUCGCAUAGGGGCCACACUUUCCAUGCGGACCUUCCCCUCCGUCCCUUCUUCCCACUCCCCUUCUUUCACCACUCUUGUGGAGAGGCUCUGGUCGCGUGUGCCGAAAGGCUUCGGGCAAUUUUAUCCCAAGGAGGGAGGAUCUGCGAGCGAGGAAGCCAAUGGAAAAGGCGGGGACGGAGCGCGGAAAGAGGACAAGGGAGACGGCCCUCACGCCAACCAGCAGCAGCAACAGCAUCAAAAAGGCGGAGGGGGCGGAGGGGGUGGGGGGGGCGGAGGCGGCUUUGGAGGACCUGGAGGUGGGGGCCCUGCGGACUCGAACGGGCGGCUGCUGACGUCUAUCAUAGGGUUGACGGCGCUCGGUCUCUUAUUAUCCUCCGAGCCCGCUGGGAAGGAAAUAUCCUGGCAGGAGUUUGUGACUCAGGUCCUGGAGUCCGGGGAGGUGGAGCGCAUCAUUGUCAGCAACCGGAACGUGGCUAAGGUGAUCCUUCGCAGGCCUGACCGAGGGGGCUUGAGCGGCGUCGGUGCCAAGGGCGGGGAGGGCGGGGGCGUGUGGCGGGACGGAGGCGCCUCCAUCCACAGGGACGACGUGGUUUCACAGGACAUGUGGGGCGUCGAGUCAGGCAACGGCAGCGGCAGCGCGUAUCCUCAGAGGGUGAACCCCCCGGGCUCGACCUCGUCUCCCUUCGGCGAUUUCGGUUCUGGAGGCGCCAGCACGCCUGGACCAAGUGGAGCCCCCCCCGGCUCCGUGUACGCCCCCUACUACUUCAACAUCGGAAGCGUCGAGUCCUUCGAACGAAAGCUGGAGAGCGUGCAGGUGAGGGGGCGGGCAGGAAGGGAGGGAGGGGUGAAAGGAGGGAGACUACCUUAA